AUGUCCAAGGUCGUGCGCAGCGUCAAGAACGUCACAAAGGGGUACUCCUCCGUGCAGGUCAAGGUCCGAAAUGCUACCAGUAACGAUCCAUGGGGUCCCACAGGAACCGACAUGUCGGAGAUUGCGUCCAUGACUUUCGGGAGUCCGAACGAGUUCUACGAGAUCAUGGACAUGAUCGAUAAGCGUCUCAAUGAUAAGGGCAAGAACUGGCGCCAUGUGCUCAAGUCAUUGAAGGUAUUGGACUACUGUUUGCAUGAGGGUUCAGAAUUGGUGGUCACUUGGGCUCGGAAGAAUGUCUACAUCAUCAAGACCCUGCGCGAGUUCCAGUAUGUUGACGAAGAAGGCCGUGAUGUGGGCCAGAAUGUUCGUGUGGCCGCGAAGGAACUUACUGCCCUGGUUCUGGACGAGGAUCGCCUACGCAGCGAACGAUCCGACCGCAAACUUUGGAAGACUCGAGUGAGUGGAUUGGAUGAGGGUCAAGGUAGUGGUUUUGGAAACGAGCCUCCCCGCCGAGAGCGAAGAAGACGCCAGGGUGACGAUGAGGACGAUACCGAGUACCGACUAGCCAUUGAGGCUAGCAAGGCCGAAGCCGAGGAGGAACGCCGACGACGGGCCAAGGAUUCUGCGAAUAGCCACGAGGACGAGGACUUGGCCAAGGCUAUCCAGCUUAGCAGGGAAGAAGAGGAACUUCGCAAGCGGGAGUUGGAGGAGAACAAUGCGCAUGCGCUCUUUGAUGAUACCCCAGCCCAGGUCCAGCCCACUGGCUACAACCAAGGCUACCAACAGCAAGGUGCUGUUGACUGGUUUGGUAACCCGAUCAAUGUGCAGCAGCCAAUGACUACCGGUUAUUUGAACAAUCAAUAUGCGCAACCCACUGGAUUCCAACAGCAGCCCACCGGAUUCCAACAGCAGCCCACCGGAUUCCAACAGCAAGCCACUGGUGUAAACCCUUACGCAAAUGGCUACCAGCAGCCCUCAGCUUUCGACCAGAACCCUUACGGACAGCAGCCUCAGAACAACUUCCUGCAGCCCCAGGCGGCCCUCCAAGCCCAGCAUACUGCAUUCCCCAACACUAAUCCAUAUGGUUCCAACGACGCCUUCUCACAGCAGCAACAUCAGCAACACCAGCAGCAGCAACAAGGCCAGGAGAACUACCUAUCUGCGGGAACCAACAACCCAUGGGCAUCGAACCAACCCGCCGAUGCGCUCAAGCCUAUGGCAACCGGCUCGAACAAUCCAUUCGCUCAACGCACUCAACCCCAGUUUACAAACCCACAACAAUCAACGGGACCGCCAUCUCUCAACACCCUUGCAGAGGACCGCGCCACAACCAAGUUUAACAACCCGAUUACUCAGUUCUCUCAACAGGCCCAGCCUAACCCUAUCUCCAACUUCCAAGCUCCACAGCCACCCAGGAGUACUCCUCCUCAGGCAUUAGACCCUCACCACGCCCGUCUGAACGCGCUUCUUGCUUCGGGCGAGGGUCAGGAUACAUUCGGAAACGUUGGAGAUCUCCGUAUUCCUGCCCAACACACUGCACCUGGCACUUUCGUCAACUCUGCUGGUCAAGGAUUGGACCGUCUUCAUGCCAACCAGACCGCUGGCAACCCCUUCUUUGGCCAACAUUAUACAGGAGUGCCUCAGCAAACAGGCUUUGUGCAGCAGCAGCAAUCCAAUAGCAACCCCUGGGGAGCUCAGCAGCAAUCGCAGCAUGGUGGCAGUUUGAUUGACCUGUAA